UGGUACAUUAAUGUCUCAUCCUGCCUCUUUAUCCAGCUUUCUCCAGUCUCUCCACAAUGACCAUUGGAAAUGCCCUAAGCCUUCGGAAGCAAGUCACUAAUUGUCUUGGGGGUGGGGAAAGAGCUGCUAGAGUGAAAUUUAUAGAUGUUGUCGAGGGAGGAUGCUUGCGUUUUGAUAAAGACCAACGUUUAGGGAGUGGAAGUUGUGGAACUCGAGUUUACCUUGGAACCUAUCGGCAACAAGUUACAAAUGAGCAUCUGUUGGUUGCUAUUAAAGAAGGUCAUUACGAUAUACAAAGAUAUCGCGAGGUGGAGAAUCUUCAGCAGCUGAUACAUCCUAAUGUGGUGCGGUACAUAUAUGCUGAUAAGGAGGAAAAAUUUAAUCUCUUGUUCAUAGCCCUUGAACUCUGCCGAGGUUCUCUUGUAAACCUGUUUGAUCACAAACUUGAUGUCUUUAACAAGCCAUUCAUUCUUAACAAUCAUGUACCUUGUGACGACUGGUGGUUCAAGAAGACCAUCUUGCUUGGUAUAGCCAAUGGAUUGGACUAUGUUCACGGACAGCGCUUUAUUCAUAGAGACCUCAAACCUCAGAAUAUACUAGUGCAAGAUGAUGAUAACAACAUAUACGGGUUUAAAGCUGUGCUUUGUGAUUUUGAAUUAACAAGAAAAUUGAAAAAAGGACAGUCAAAAUUGUCCGUGUCACAAGUUACUGUUGGGACUCAAGGUUGGAUGGCCAAAGAGGUUCUCAAUGGUGCAACGAAACCGACUUCAGCUGUUGAUGUGUUUGCAUAUGGCUGUAUUGUCCAUUAUGUGCUUUCUGAGAAUCGCAGUAAGCAGUUUAAACAUCCAUUUGGAUCAGAUGUGCUUAGGGACAGUUCAAUUUUGACAGGAAAGCGGUUUUCAUACAUAAGUUUGAACCUAACAACCUUCAACGAUGAUAGUUCAGACUAUGACGAUGAUGAUUCAGAAGCAAGUGGGUACGGGAACCUUGCCCAAGAUUUUGAAUAUCUCGGGGAUGCAAUUCUAGCUGACAUGCUAGUUGAUGCAUGUGUGAGUGGUAAAAAAGUCAUGCGUCCCCAAGCUUCAGCAUUAUUGACGCAUCCUUUCUUCUGGAAUUAUGGUGAUAGAAUGCUCUGUUGUCAACAAUUUUUCAACAAUUUUAAACAUGACUUUCAGCGGAGCCCCUUGAUAAAAUCGAUGGAACAAACAUGGAAAGAGUUGACCAGACCUGAAUUUCAGUUUUUCUCCCAAAUACCUGAAGCCUUUGAGUACUAUAAAUUGCACAGGAUGUCCAUUAAGAGGAAUAUUCCCCCGGAUAAUGUUAUAUCGACUAUUUACAACUCCAUGAUGAGGUUCAUCCGUAAUCUGCAACAACAUUACCAUGAAGCAGUGAAGAUGUAUCCUUCUCUAAUUGUAUUUAUACCAUCCGGAGACAAUGAGACACUAGGCGAAUACUUUUUUGAAACAAUUCCUAUGUCGUUUCCAGUGAUUUAUUUGUUUCACAAGUUACAUGAAGACACAAGUUACAUGAAGAAUGAUAAAAAUGGUCAAGAACUUCAUAUACUGACAAAAAAAACUCUUCGAACACUAUUUGAAAAGCAUGUUGCACUAUAACAUGAUUAGAAGCAGUUAUUUAUUGACUAGUGAGCGAUAAUCAGAUGCUUUUGACCUUUUUAUGAGACUGUUUUAGGUUGGUUGUCUACUGAUUCCUUGAUGCUUAUCAACAACAGGAGCCGUGAAUUAUAUUUCUGUGUGGAAAUUAUUUUUGAUAUUAUGUAAGUAUGUAUUAAUCAGCUGUCAACGUUAAGUUUUUAAAAUAUCCUGAUGAGAAUUAGAGAUCAUCGUUUUAUGACUUGAUUAUUAUAUGUAUACAAUAU